UCAUGGCUUCUCACUUCAUUCCAACAUAGGGAGGUAGAUCACAUUUGGCCAGAAGCCUUUGUCACGUUCCUCUCUUUGGAAACUAGCUUUGGUAGCUUGCUUUACUCUUCCUAGGAAUAUAUCUGUGUGUCCAGAAAAUAAUUGCCACAGAAACGAAAGCAACGAGAGCAGAGGUCAACCCAGUCGUACUUACCAAAGGCGAGCGAAUUGAAGCAAAUUUAGGCCGCAUUUUCGUUGCGUACAUAGAGAAUCGAGGCUUACAAUAGGGACCCAUCUGGUGUGUGCAGCGGCGCUCGUGUACCGGUCGCCAUCAGCAUGGACGCCGCCGCGAGGGAAGCGCAGGUGCAGGGCAGUCUGGAAUGGCGGGUGACGGUGCCGGAGGGCUCGUCGGUGACGGUGGAGCACGAGGCCGGCGUCGCCGAGAGGGCGUGGGCGUGGGUGGUGAGGAUGCUGGUCGCGGUCAGGGCGGCGGUGGCCGGCUUCGCCAGGAAGGUGUGGAAGAUCGGCGCCGACGAUCCCCGGAGAGCGGUGCACAGCCUCAAAGUCGGCCUGGCUCUCACCCUCGUCUCCAUCGUCUACUACACCAGGCCCGUGUACGACGGCGUCGGCGGCAAUGCCAUGUGGGCCGUCAUGACGGUUGUCGUGGUCUUCGAGUACACCGUCGGUGGAUGCAUGUACAAGGGAUUCAACAGAGCCGUCGCGACGGCGAGCGCCGGGCUGCUCGCGCUCGGCGUGAACUGGGUGGCGGACAAAUCCGGCGACAAGCUCGAGCCGUUCAUCCUCAGCGGCUCCCUGUUUUUACUGGCUGCGGCGGCCACCUUCUCGCGGUUCAUACCAACGGUGAAGGCGCGGUUCGACUACGGCGUGACCAUCUUCAUCCUGACGUUCAGCCUCGUCGCCGUGUCGGGGUACCGCGUCGACCAGCUGCUGGACCUGGCGCAGCAGCGGAUGUCCACCAUCGGCAUCGGCAUCGUCAUCUGCCUCGCCGUCUGCGUCGUCAUCUGGCCGGUGUGGGCCGGCCAGGAGCUGCACCUCCUCACGGUGCGCAACAUGGAGAAGCUCGCCGGCGCCGUCGAGGGCUGCGUCGAGGACUACUUCGCGGCGAAGCCCGCCGCGGCCAAGUCGGAGGGGUACAAGUGCGUGCUCAACUCCAAGGCGUCGGAGGACUCGCAGGCCAACCUGGCGCGGUGGGAGCCGCCGCACGGGCGGUUCGGCUUCCGCCACCCGUACGCGCAGUACACCAAGGUGGGCGCCGCGAUGCGCCACUGCGCGUACUGCGUCGAGGCGCUCAACAGCUGCGUCCGCGCCGAGGUCCAGGCGCCCGAGCACGUCAAGCGGCUGCUCGGCGACGUGUGCACGCGGCUGGCCUCGCAGUGCGCGCGGGUUCUCAGGGAGGCGUCCACCUCGGUCGCCGCCAUGACCAGCCCCAAGACGCUGGACUUCGCCGUGGCGGACAUGAACACGGCCGUGCACGAGCUUCAGGGCGACCUGCGCGCGCUCCCGCCCGUCCUGGCCUUGGAACCGGCGGCGGAGAUGUCGCUGAUGGACGCGAUGCCGCUCUUCACCGUGGCGUCGCUGCUGAUAGAGAUAUCGGCGAGGAUCGAGGGCGUCGUCGACGCCGUCGAGACGCUGGCCAGCCUCGCCAGCUUCAAGCAGGUGGAGGAUGAUGACGACAAGAAGGGACAAACCGAGAUGAAAGUGCACCCGCUGAACGUGCCGGAUGAUCACGACGCGUCGACACAUGAAAGCCAGACUACAACGAAGCACCCUGAACAGGUCUAAACUUUAAAAACGUCCAUCAAAUCAAACCGCACAAAAUCAACCAGCGGGACGAGUCAGACCGGAAGAACACACGAAUACAUGAUUGAAUCUAAACUGGCUGAGCCACCGCUCUUUGCUAGCUUCUUCUGGUGAUUAACAGAAUAACUCUAUCGAUUUACAGUGGAGAGAAUCUUGGCAACUUCAUACCACGGCUUACACGACGAAUAAAACCGGCUUACCACUGUCAUAAAAGUCGGCAUGUAUCGUCGCAUUCAUGAUGUACUACUACCUUGUACAUAUAUUAACAGAACAUUAUUUGAUAUUUUUACAGGAACACUGCAAGGCAUAUGAGCUCAGAUGUUCCCCUCUCCUUAAA